AACAUUGAUCAUGCGCAGAGCGCAAUGUCCUCCUUUCAAGACAAGCAUGACAGGGUUCUGCGAGACGUGCCAUGGCUGAGCAAAGAGAUUGACGGUCAAGCCUGGUUGUUCAAGUACGCUUCUCAUCCUGAACGAGCCGGGUAUGUUGUCCUCGCUACGAACCUAGAACAAGUCUACUUUGAGUCUGUGACGGGCGAGGCUAUCUCUGCGCGCCUGAAUGAGCUAUCUCAGUCGUCCCAGAAACGCUCAGAGAGUCAAAUUGGCAGCUUCAACAUUAUGGCUCGAGUGGAUGACACGUUGACGGAACUGGGUGGGAUCAUGUCAGAGCGAUGGCAGGAUAACAAGUUGAAGGCUGGGACACAUCAUUUCUAUGAUAAGGUGUUCUCGAUACAAGAUGGGGACUUUGAAUGGUCUUUCUUUCUCAGCGAGCUAGAGCUCCGCAGAUGUCUCAGUCUGAUCGGUCAGCAUCUCGUCCUGCCAUUGGCAAGGAUGAUCGGCAAGGACAACAGUAUCAGCGUGUCACCGAGUUCGACGCCAUCAUUGGCCAUAGCAAUGAUUCUACAGGAUGAGACGGUCGCAGACAAGUUGAAUGCUCAAGCUGGUCCCUCCGCGACACAUCCAGAACAAGAAAUGGAACACACACUGUCGCCCAAGGCAUCCCCGCACAGUACUCGCGAGGAACUGGAAGAGGAGACGCAGGACUACAAAUCAGGUGGGGAUGACCAUGAAAAGGUGGAGGAGACUCAACCUCCGCCUUCUACUCAACGCCCAAAUCUCGAUCCUCCAGCGGAAUCUGCUCCCGUGCCGUCGCCUACGCUACAAGAUAACAACGUCAUGGAUUCGGAUGAAGAGGACGAGGCCGCCAGAGAAGCACCCGCCGAUGUAAAAGUGCCAGAGAGCUUGGGGCAAAACGCUCCUGAUCCCCCGCCGAAAGCCUCACAGAAGAGUAAGAAAGAACGAGAACGAGAAGAAGAGGAAGAAGUUGAGAAACGACGCGAGGAGAUGAAGCGCAAGAUGGAGAAUGGAGGCGGAGGGCGACUCGGCAAAAGAAAACUUAGGCGAUAGACAGGAAAGCACCAA